AUUAAGCAGAAAGGUAGGAGUGUGUUUGUCUGUCACUGUCUGGGUAGCCCUGAGUCUCCGCGGCCAGGCUGAGCGACCUGAAGUGAACCGUCUAUCAUAUCUCGCAGACCAAUGACGCUGCCGUGGUCUUAAUACUUCAUCAUUUUAUGCGUCAGCCAUGUCAUUGCUGCCCCAGUCGGAAGCGGAGCACUUUGAUGGCUUAUCCCUGCUGUACUGGACCAUCAUGGGCCCUCACGGGAUCAACCGCGCUGUGCAGAGACUGGACUUCACCGACUGCAGACGGGGCCUGGGUGUGAAGAUCACUGGUGGAUGCAGGCCAGAGACUGGUGAGGAGUUUGGCAUCUUCAUCAAGAGAGUGCUGCCUGGAGGAGUGGCUGCUCAGGAUGGGCGGUUGCGAUCAGGGGAUCUUAUUUUGGACGUCAAUAACAUAAACUUGUCUGGAGUCACUAAUGAGAGGGCAGUAGAGAUCAUCCGUGCGGCUUCUGCCUCCAACCACGUGUCUCUGCUGGUCGCCAGAGACGAUGAGUCCAGGAGGGAGUUUCGGGUGCUAAUGCAGAAGUCUAGUAGCAGCUGGUAUGGAAAAAACACUCCUCCAACUCCCUCUGCAGCGAAACUGGCAGAUACAGCCUCGUCCUCCUCGUCCUCUGCCUCCACCAGUCCUCUGCUGCUCAGCCCUGCUUGCACUGUACCACAGACACCUCCCCAGGCGUUCAGCGACUGUGUUAUACAGCUCAUAUGUGUUGCCAAGGGAACGGGCCUGGGCCUCCACAUCAAGGGCGGGACCAACAGGCCAGAGGGGCCAAUGGUCUUCAUCCAGGAAGUCAUGGCAGGGGGAGACUGCCAAAAGGAUGGGCGUCUGAAAGCAGGGGACCAGCUAAUCUCCAUCAAUAAAGAGUCCUGCAUAGGAGUCACACAUGAAGAGGCCCAGAACAUCAUCAUACGCUCCAAACUCAGGCCAGACCCCACAGUGGAAAUUGCGUUCAUCAGACGCCGAUCCUCGUCCAGUUCCAGCGGUAGUGGCCCCCACAGCCCUGUCUUCACGUCAGUCGCUGGUGGGGGGGCGCUGCCUCGCCCCCCUGCCCCAGAGAUGCUACACCCUCCUCCACCCAUUUCCACCAAUCCACCCCCCCCCUCCUCCCUCCUCCCAAAGGUUAUCCCCGUCACCAGCACAGGCGGCGAGACCCUGCCCACACUCACUCUCAGCCAGGUAGGUGAUGUGUGUGCAAAGGAUAACAGUGCACCUGUUCCACCCCCUGUGAGUGUGUGCAGCACAGUGUCCAGCUCUGAGGCUGCCAUCAAUCUGCCCUCACCAACCAAUCAGAACACAUGUAACCCAAGUCCCGCCUCCAGCCCCAUUCCUAGCAGGCCACUCCCACUAGAGAAGCUGGAACUGGCUCUGGAGGUGUUGGGGUUGAGGCCCACUGAGGUUCAAAGGCAGAAUCUGAGGGAGAAGCUGAGAGCUGCACCAGGCGGAGGCGUCGCACACGGAGAUUUCGAGACCAUCACCCAGGAGCUGUUCAGGGUGCAGGUAGAGCCGGCGGCUAGAAGGCCGGAGGAGACACAGUCGGUUUCUGAUGACCUCACGUCAGAAGCGUCAUCACGUCUACAGGGCUCGACGUCUGACUCUGAUGACCUGGAAGAGAUGGAGAGACUGAGGAAAGAGCAUAUAGAGGCCCUCAGAGAGAUCAAGAGGCUUCAGGAUAAACUGUCUGAAUCACAGAAUCAUUAUCGCCAGCUCAUGGAGGAACUGGCCAAAGCCAAACAGGAGGUGAAGACGUUGGCGGAGGAGAGAUGCGCGCUGCGCGGUCGUGUCCAGGAGGCGGAGGUGGCUCAGAGGGAGGCGCGUGGGAUGGAGAUGGACUACGAGGAGGUCGUCCACCUCCUCGAGGCUGAGAUCGCCGAAAUAAAGACCAAGCGCGUCGACGCUUCUGGACCAAAGGAUUUGCAGGAGCUGAGGAAGAAAGUGGCGGUGCUGGAGUGUCAGCUGAGGAAAACUGAGGCAGCGCGCAAAGGCUUUGAGUCUACAACACGCAAACUGCUCACUUACAUGGAGGCUGCUCAGGAGUUCCUGGCAGAGAACCCUGUUCCUGUGAGAAGCUACAGUCCAGGGGGUGAGGGUUCCAAACUGGGUUCCGCGUCUCCGAUUGUCGGCGGCGCCCGCAGCGGGAAGAAGUCGAUGUGGACGGCCGCCAUGCUCGCCACUGAGGCUCGCGAGGUCACGCGCUCUGUAAAGGCCAUUCUGGAGGCGGACUGCUUGCCUAAUGGGUGGGAGGAGGCCUAUGCAGCAGACGGAGUGAAGUACUACGUCAAUAUCCUGACCCAGGCCACAUCGUGGUCGCACCCUGCGGCCAGCGCACUGGGACUGUGUGAGCCGGACGAGGCCUCGGCGGCCAGCGCUCAUACACACACACUCACACAUGCGCACACACACAGCCCUCUUUAACCUGCCUCUUCAGAUGUGAGCCGCCAGACCUCAACAUACAGUAGCAGCCAGUGGAAAACCAACCCUCAG